CAUCUAUAAAGAUGUAAGCGGUCACAAGUAUUUUGGUUCGAUGGGCCUAGAGCCGCCCCCUAGAAAGUAGAAGACAAGUACAAUCUUAGAGCUUACUUUUAAGGAAGAAAACCAUGACAUCCACAAUAAGUCAACAGGAUGUAGAAACACUGAAAACUAAAGUUUACCAAGCAGCCAGUGAAGGCAGAGCUAUCAGUAUUUUUGCCAUGCUCUGGAAUUUAGAAAGGAAACCCAUAGUUCAUCAGAUUUUAGCACAUCACACUGAAGAAAAUGGUCAGUGGACAACGCCACUGCUUAUUGCAGCAAGAAAUGGACAUGAAAAAGUUGUUCUAGUCCUGCUGAGCAAUUUCAAUGCUGAUGUUGAAGCCACAGGAACAGUAAAGUUUGAUGGGUAUGCCAUAAAAGGGGCCACGCCCCUAUGGUGCGCUGCAGGGGCUGGUCAUUUCAAGAUAGUGAAAUUGUUGGUAGAGCAUGGAGCCAAUGUCAACCAUACGACUGUCACCAACUCAACACCUCUCAGAGCUGCUUGUUAUGAUGGAAGAUUGGACAUUGUGAAAUAUCUUGUUGAGCAAAAAGCUGACUUGACGAUUGCAAAUAAAUACAAGAACACCUGCUUGAUGAUAUCUUGUUAUAAAGGUCAUAAGGAAGUUGUGAGGUACUUGUUAGAGAGUGGGGCUCCAACAGAUUCACAAGCACAUUGUGGAGCGAUGGCGGUACACUUUGCUGCAGAAUGUGGUCACUUGGAAAUAGUCAAGCUUUUGGUGGAAUUCAAUGCCAGUAUGUUGCUCAACAACAAUGGGUUAAGCCCCCUAAUAGUGGCUGCUGAGUGCAUGCAAGUGGGCGUGGUCGAUUACUUAAUCUCAGAUCCCAACUGUACUCGUAAAAACAAAAUAGACGCAUAUGAACUGUUAGGGGCUUCUUAUGCAAAUGACAAAGAACAUUAUAAUAUUGAUAAUGCUUACUAUUAUCUAAGGAAAGGCAUGGCUGAAAGAUUUGUAGACCCUGAUAACAUCAUCAAUAAGGAAACUUUACCUCCAGUUCCAGCCUACGAAUUUCAUUCUGAAUGUAGAAGUCUUCAAGAGCUUGAUGCAAUUCGAAACAACCCAAAUGCCUUGCAUAUGGAAGGACUGACAGUGCGUGAACGAAUUCUUGGUUCAGAAAAUCAUGAGGUUACACAUCCCAUUAUAUUCCGUGGUGCAGUGUUUGCAGACAGUGCCCGUUUCGACAGAUGUAUUGCGCUUUGGCUUCAUGCCAUGACGCUGAGAAUCAAUGUGCGAAGAAGCAUCUCCAAAGAUCUUCUGCGUUUUGCUCAGGUCUUUGCUCAAAUGGUUCAUGUUGGCAACCACCCAGACUUUGUGUCUGUUCUCGACGUGUUUCAUCUUGGAACGAGAGAGUUAGAGUACGACAUGGAGAGAUACCAGGCGGCCAAGGAUGAGCAAGAGAACACCCUGGAAACAUACAUGGAGAACAUACACACCCUCAUGUACCUCCUGGUCAUUCUCACCCAGCUGAAACCAAAGGAUAAGCAGUACUUUGACUUAUGCAGAGCUACUUACCGAUUCAUCCAGCAGAAACCCAGGCUUAACAACGGUUACACUCCUCUCCACAUGGCUAACGCUAAUUGGACGAUAGUGGACGAUUUUCACGUGAAUGAGGUUGUGGCUUUCCCAAAUGGCUGUGUGAGUCAGUUGCUGGUGGACUGUGGGGCUGAGGUAAAUGUGCAGGACAAGCUAGGAGAAACACCGAUGCAUUUAAUAGUUCAAUAUAGAAAUCCUAUCGCUGACUUUGAAAACCUUCACACGUGCAUCAUGUCCUUGAUAAGAGGUGGUGCACAUAUUGACAUAUGCAAUAUUCGUGGUAAAACAGCCCUGGACGUUGCCACAACUGGUGUGGCGGAGGUUAUAAUACGUACAAAUAGUUCUAUAAGUUUGAAGUGCUUGGCAGCCAGAGUAGUGCGGCAAUGUGGCAUACAAUACAAAGGCUUCAUACCUCAGGCAUUGGAGGAUUUUGUCCAGUUGCACAUGUAGAACUUGACUAUGUAUAAGGUUGUAACUGUGAAUUACGAUUUCACUUUAAUUGAUUUUUCUUUUAAUUUUGACAACCUUAUCGGAACUGAUUGAAAACUUUAUUCAUUUUUCUAAGUGCUUUAUUGAGAAAUGCUUGUAGACAUCAUUUUGAAUAAAAUGCCUGAUGUUUUUUUAGCUCACCUGAUUGCUCAGGUGAGCUUUUGUGAUUGGUCUUUGUACGUCGUCGGUAUGUCGUCCGUCCACAUUUGUUUUUAUAAACACUCUAGAGGCCACAUUUCUUGUCUGAUCUUCUUGAAACUUGGUCAGAAGAUAUGUCCCAAUAAUACCUAGAUUGAGUUUGAAACUGGGUCAUGCUGGGUCAAAAACUAGGUCACUAGGUCAAAAAAAGAAAAACCUUGUAAACACUGUAGAAGUCACAUUAAAUGCCCAAUCUUAAUGUAACUUUGUCAAAAUGUUUGUCUUAAUGAUAUGUUGUUUGAGUUCAAAAGUGGUUCCAGUCCAUUGAAAAACAUGGCUGCCAGUGGGCGGGGCAAUUUUCCUUAUUUGGCUGUAGAGAAAUCUUGUGAACACUAGAAGUCACAAGUUUUGCCCAAUCAUCAUGAAAUUUGGUCAAAACAUUGGUUUAAUUGAUAGCUCAGAUGAGUUCGAAAAUGGUCCAGAACGGUGAAAAAACAUGGCCACCAGGGGGCGGGGCAGUUUUCUCUAUAUGUAUAUAGUGAAAACAUGUGAACACUCUAGAAGUCACAUUUUUGAUCCAAUCGUCAUGAAAUUUGUUCAGAACAUUUGUUUCCUAGAAACGUGAGUUAUGUUCGAAAUGGUUCCGGUCCAUUGAAAAACAUGGCUGCCAGAGGGACGGGGCUGUUUUCCUUAUAUGUAUAUAGCAAAAAAAGCUUGUGAAUACUCUAGAAGUCACUUUUUUCCCCCAAUCAUCAUGAAACUUGGUGAAAACAUUGGAUUUAUUUAUAUCUCAGAUGAGUUUUAAAUGGUCCCGAUCGGUCUUCAAACAUGGCCGCAAGGGGGGGGACAGUUUUCCUGAUAUGACUAUAGAGAAACCUUGUGAACACUCUAGAAAAAAAGGUGAGCGAACUAGGGCCAUCUUGGCCCUCUUGUUUAAUCAUAAUGUUAAGUACAAAUUAGGUACACAAGUAUUUCUAUAUUUACCCUGUCCUUUGAUGAAAACAUACACUAAACGCAAUGAAAUAACAUAUUUAAUUUACAUUGGUUGGAUAAUAUUAUUAAAUUCAAAACCAUGA